AAAAAACGACGGACAUCGACGCUGCAUUUAUAAGUCAUUACCGACACGGUUUUCCGACGCAAGCCGUCGCAAAACUUAAAAUAUAUAUUGGAACAAAUCCUCAAUUCUCAACUCUCUCUUCCUCGCCUCACUUUCUUUCUCUACUCUUUCCUUGCCGGGACAGCGAAAGAAAGCCGUCUAGUAGCGCCACCGUUCACGGCGGCACCACCGCUCAGUUGAGAAGGCAAAAAGAAAUAAAAUGUGCAUCAAUCAAGAAAGAGACCCUAUCAGUUGAAAUUUGUACCAUUAGAAAAAUUAUCUUUGCGAUGGCAUCUCAGGAAAACGAUCGUCCAGAAAGUACUAAUGCAGUGAGACGUAAAUCUAAGGGAAAGAAAAAAGUUUCCGAGACUACAGGUAUACAGAGUCAAAAGUUUAUAGAGGUUGGAACGCUGGAUGCUUUGGGGAGGCUGGUUAUUGCUCCUGCUGACACUAUUGGGUUUAUUCCCGACUACCUGUCUGCAAAUGUGAUUAUGGAUUCCAUUGUAUCAUGUUAUCGGGACGCUUGGAGUUCCUGGGAAGAGGUACCUGUCUAUGACAGAGAACAAAUGUGGAAUCAUUUCAAGACGCAGUGUGCAUGGUAUCCCCAACAUGAAUAUCAUAUAUUUUGUACUUUUGAGAUAAACACUGCUUUUUUGCUUAACAAAACCUUGGAGAGUGCUCGGGAAAUGAAUGAGAAGCCCGAUUGGAUGCUAGAAGGUUUAUGGGCUAGACUUAUUGACAAGAGGACCAGUGAGAAAUUUCAAAAGCCGAGCAUCCAAGCAAAGGCACCAGGGACUCAUCAAAGGAAAUUGGAGAAGAAAAAAAGGAGAACUAUGACUUAUGAUGAGGUCUCAAGGGAGAAACAUGUGAAAAUUAAAAAGAAUGGUCAUAAUACUUUGGUGGAGCCACAUGUUGAGAGGAAAAAUGUUGGGUAUAAAAAAGGCUUGGAUGAAUGGCGUCAAAGUCAACCUACUUCUGAGGAUGAUUGCUUAACCCAAUCACCAGAAGAUGAUGAAGCUUCAAUAUUGUCGAAGAAGAUUGGUGGAUUAAAGAAAGGUAAAGCACGCGUCCUUGGAUCAGAGCAUUGCGUAGGCUGUGUCACGUUUGGAUUUGCUUCUGCUUCUUUAAGGUCUGGGCAGAAUCAGGAAGAGAUAGAUUCAGAGAUAAAAUCAUUGCGGAUACAAGUACAAGAGCUAUUGAAAAAGCAAAAAGCAGACCGUUUAAGACUUGAUGGACUGGAGAAUCUAGUGGUUCAGCUCAUAGACAAUUGCCGAUCUGAAGAGUCUGACAAUGAUGAGUCUGAUGGGGAAAGAUAGUUUGUUGUGCUUUUGAUGUUGAAACAUUUACUUGUUUGAUUUCGUUUGGAUAUUACCUGAAUGGGUUCUGAAUGUCUAGACUGGCUUUUGGAUCUUACUUGAAUGGUCUUUGGAUGUUUUUUGGACUUGAUUUUGUAUGCUACUUGAAUGGUGUUUGGAUGUUUUAGUUAUAAACCUUUAUGUUUACUUGUUGGAA